AUGCCUGAGUCGUGCGCUGAGGCGGCGCGGCUCGGUCGGCGGCACGUGGACGCGCCAAAGGCCGCGGCAGGCGCCGCCGCACACACCGCUGGCCAGGGGACUCAGGUUAAUCACGUUCCAGACAGCUUUGUUGCCGGUCUGUCACGACCAAGCUUGGAUGGAGAUGACGGCUACCAGAUGGAUGAUUAUGCCAAUGAUGAUGACCCGGACACCAAUGUGUCAGACUACGAAGAGGAGAAGGAGUACACGGGUCCGCCACCUGAGUUCACCGUGCAAUCUAUGAUGCUGGAGGCACACGAGGGUGACACUGUUACCUUCCCCUGCUCGUGGAAAGUCCCAGUGGACGAUCUCAAGGAGCGCCCAAACUUUCCUCUCAUGUGGAAAAAUGGAACCUCAUCACUGAUUAUGGGUGCCAUCAUAGCAACAACAGAUAAACGGGUACAGUUAAAUGGCUCUAAUCUGAUUUUGACAGAUGUACGUCCUACAGAUCGUGGUACCUAUACGUGUGAAAUACUGUCUAAUGAAACACCAAUGGAUCUACACCAUUCAUUGGAGGUCUUUGAGGCUCCAAAAGUUGCCAAAAUCCGUCCUAAUAAGUCAUCUAUUGUUGUUGAGGCUGGAGAAGCCCUUACGCUCACCUGUGAUGCAAAUGGAUACCCAAAACCUACAAUUUCCUGGAUUAAGAAGAGGAAAGCCAAAGAAGAAACAUUUAAGGCACCUACACUUAAUUUUGAGAAAGUAGCGCCAAGCCAUUCAGGAGAAUAUGAGUGCACAGCUGAGAAUACCUACGGCAAAUCCAAUCCAGCACAUGUUAAGGUGGUCGUCCACUAUAAACCAAAGGUGACCGCUAUAAAAGAACGUGUAAUAAGUGGUGUGGAAUAUGAGUCUGAACUGGAGUGCAGAGUUGAUUCUGAACCUAAAGCCAAAGUGAAAUGGCAGAGAGAUGGCCAUCUGAUUGAACCGUCAAAUGAUUUUGAAGUGACACACAUGAAUCACAUAUAUAAACUUAAGAUACGUAAGACCAAGACAUCAGAUUUUGGAAUAUACACAUGUGAAGCAGAAAACACUCUUGGCUCUGCAAAGAGCACCAUCGACCUGACACGGAUGCCAAGCACACCUGCUCUAAAGAAAGUUAAUCAUGCAGAUGAUGGAAGUAGUGUUGAAUUUGAAUGGACUUUGGAAAGCUAUGCGCCUAUAUCUCAGUACGAACUGCGAUACAGGAACAAAAUGAAUGGGGAUUGGAAGUCAGAGAGUCCUGCAGUUACUGAUGCUGAAGGCAAUAUUUACACUGUGAAACAUAAACUCAGUCCUCAGCCACCAGGAGAGUAUGAGGUUGUGCUAGUGUCAACCAAUGAAUUUGGUUCAUCAGAAUCUGCUCCACACACCUUCCAACUCACUCAUGAACUUGGUGUAGCAGAACCUCGAGGAGAACCUGAACCACAAAAGAUACCAGAAAGUGGAAAUAAUGGAAGCGAAACUAGGCCAAGGUUAAUGGCUCUGUUGACUGUCCUGAGUCUAAGCACUUUUUUCUUGUAGUUAGCUUUGAAGUAACACGGAAGCUUCUCUUGUUGCCUCGACCUGACAUGUGUGAUUGAGUGCGGUUGAGUAAUAGCUGAUGAGCUUCUUAUCAAUAACAACCAAGCAGUUCAUCUUCGCUUUGAAGCAACCAGUGACAGCUUUACUGCUUUGCAGGACUGUGCCAGUCACUCAGGAUUCUUUUGAUCUGAAACUUAGGACUUUAGAACUAGCAUAUAAAUUCCCUUUCGUGCUUGAAAUGAUCUUAAAAUUUUCAGUCAGAAACAUAUAUUUCCCAGUAAAGCUGCAUGUGCAUCAUAUGACACUUUUAAAAUUGCAUUUACAAGAAAGAAUGCAGCUUUUAUUUUAUAAAUAUUGUUAGAUUUGUCCUUGUUCACAAUUGCUCUCUGAAUAAGGAAUGCAGGUUAGCCUUAUAUGAUGAAUGUGUUAUUGGUCUUUUAAGUCCUGCAGUUUAACAUACUUAGAAACAGUUUCUGGGAAAUCAGUGCCACUAUUCUUUCAGAUUCAAAUAUUGGUCAUCAUUUUAGAAAGAAAUUGCACUCUACAGAUAGUAUCUUGUUUUUAAAACAUUGUUAAUAUAAUGCAUAAACCAAAGUAUUUGAUGCCUCUGGAGAAAUGAAUCGGCACACUCCUAGGGCACGUACAUGUUUAUAGAGUUAUGCUUGUAUAAAUAUAUAUUAUAGUCAAUCAUAAAAUGUGAUUUGGCCUACUUUAUGAAGCCAGUUAUAUUUUACUUACAAAUUGCUUUGUACAUAUCUAUAAAUAUGUGUAAAACACUCUAUAUUUUAAGUCUUUUAUAUAGGUCAGUCAUUUUGUCAAAAGGUUUUUCGCUGAAAAUAGUGAUCAAAUUUUUCCCCAGUUAUUCAACUGACCGAAGGGUAACUGAACUCAGUUCCUUUUUCUGUUUGUACAGCUGAGCUGCAUGAUUGUAAUAAUGAAAGAAAGCAAUGUUUCAUCUAGCGGUACAAUAAGUGUUGUUAUUAUUGUUCCUUGGUAUCUUAAAGACAGCAAAAUAAUGAGAAACAAGGAAAAUAUUUUCUAAGGCUUUAAUUUAUUUUACUACUGCUGUCUUUAUUUUUCUCCUGUUAUUUAUUACAUGCCUUCAUAAUGUGGUACCAGUGUGACCUCUCUGGAAGAAAGUACUUGAUGAAUUUCUAUUUCCCUAAGUGAACGAUUUUUCACUUUUGCCUUUUUCGUUAAGCUAACACAGUUUUGUGAUAGGCUUAUUAUGUGUACCACUUAUUUUCCAUGAUGAGUCCAGUAAAAUAUUGUUAUUGCUUCCUUCACAUGCAGCUCCUUAUAUCAUCUAGUUAAUGGACCAUCCUAGUAUUUAUCUUAAAGAUGAAGAAUAAAUGAAAGUUAUAUUUUGAGAUGUAUGUGCAUUUAGUCAAUGUGAUUUGGUAAUUUGACAGUAUCCUCUAUACCCUUUUUUUUAUUUCACACAUGUUACUUUGUGAUAGAUAUUGCCAUGUACUUUUCUCAUAAAACUGACAUCAUGCAGAAAUUUUUGUGGCAGAAAAGACUGCAUAACAGUUAAGUGCACAAAAGGCAGCUUUGAAAUUUAAAUUAUUUUUUGUUACCUCAUAAAAAUGUCAUUGAAAUUACCUGCAGCUUAAAUAAAAAUGACAAUCUAUGCACUGUGCCUUCUCAUAGUAAACUUUAUUUUGUAAGAGUUAUUUGAGUGGAGCAUAAAACAGUAAUUAUCAUUAUUAAAGUUCCAUAUGUUGAAAUUAUUUUCAUAAAAUAGAAUAAUAUAUGGUCAAUACAUCAAAUGAAACACAUAAUGUACAGUGCUGAAAAAGGCUAAACACUGAUACGUUUGCACAGAAUGUUAGAAUUGUAAAUAUUUUAUUUGUCUAUUGUGACAAGACAAUUCGCAAAAGAUUGUAUUUUUAAUGUUUGUAAUGUUUGUAUGUGUGUAAUGUUGUAAAUUGUCACUUAUUUAUGAGUUUUAUGAGCUGCUUCCAUAUGUCACUGUUAUAUUUUAAUGCAAAAGUUUUCUCAUUAAGUUAAUUUUUAAUGUUGUACUCGUUUAAAAUUCAAAAAUGGAGAUGUAAUUAGCUUUCUUAAUUUUUUGUCACCUUUCAGUUGAAAAAUACAUUUGUAUCAUAGUUAAUUGAUGCUAGUUGGUCUGUUCUGGGAAACUUCUAGAUGCUUUGAUAGCCCUUCCUUUGUCAUUUUUGAGUGAAGAUGAAUAAUAGAAACUGGUUUUCUGUACUGUAUUUUAUAGAGUAUGUAUCAAUGGACACUUUGAAAGCAUCACAUUAAUUUUGUUAUCAGUGAAGGAUAUUAUAGUCAUAGGAUCAUAGGGGUGAACAGCUUAUGUGCCUUGUGUACCUGUAUUAGGUUCUCAGUAACUUCUAUUAUUAUACAACUUCCUUCACUUUUGUUUUUGCAUUAUAUUUAGAAAGUGUUAAACCCAACUCUUCACAGAUUUUUUCUAGUCAAAUUAAUAGUAUUGAGUACAUUCUUUAUGUCAAAUCAAAAGCAAACUUUUCAUUUUUCUCUUAUUCGUUUAAAUGAUCUAUACUCUGAGAGUUGUCAUAAAGCAGAAUUAAUAGUCUUCAUCAGUGACAAACCAUUAAUUUUGUCUAUAAGUAGUACAUACCAUAGUAAAUAUAUUUGCUGUGAUACAAAUGUAUUCAGAUAUAGAAUAAUUCAUUAUUGCCAAGAGUGUGCACAGUAAUAGCUAUAGGAUAAAACUCCUGUGUGAAUGUGAUUUUCUGAAAAAUUUUAUGAGAUUGGACAUAAAUGUGUACAAGAGGAAUAAAUGUUAUUGAUUAAAGAAAUAAAACUGUAAUUAACAUCACAGAAAA